AGACAGAGAACCCUGCGCCUUGGGAAACUGGCGCUUCAACGGAUCCAAUUGAAGUUGACAUGUACGUAAUAGACGAUGCCGCGUCACAAGGCUCCGUCAAACAAGAUAAAUCGUUUAAUAAACGUAUCAUACGUUAUGUACGAUGGCAACGUGUACUCUAUGAUCCAGCACACCCAAAUUUUGGCAUUAUUGAAGCGAAAGUGGAAGCCUGGGAGAAAAUAGCAAAACAAAUGAGAUGUGAUGUGGAUAUAUGCAAAAAUGCUUGGGUAAACUUACGUUUUUGCUAUCAAAAAUAUGUGCGUCGAUUGCGUAAAUUUCUUGCCAAUAAGGGUGGCAAAAAGCGCAAGCGCAGGCCAGUUAUGGCAUUUGAGACUGAGAUGGUGUUCCUCUGGCGCUUCAUUGCAGACAAAACACGUUGCCGACUGCCCUAUGAUGAUGCUAAUCCAGCAGAAAAGGAAAUGCCGCCUGUACAAAAAGCUACAGAGGAUGAUGAUAUCGUUUUGCUAGAGGACGAUGUGGAGGUGAUUGAUUUAGAUGACGAUGCGGCUAAUUCAACAAAGCUGUUGACGCGGCAAAUUAAAUGUCAAUUCCAAAUAACUCCAGAAGUACGUAGACUGGUGACUAACAUUGAGCCAUAUGACGAGUUAUACGAUAGCGAUCAUAGGUAUUAUGACGAUUAUCGGCGCAAAGGUAUCAUUUGGAAUGCGAUCGCGAAUGAAGUGGGCGAUAAAGGUGAGUGCUGUACUUGAUAGCGAAGUUGAGCG